AUGCCGCGUGCCAAGCUGCCACUCUUCUCGCCCCCUUCGUUGGAACGCCAAGCCGUCCCGGCCGAAACCACUCCGGAAGCCGCUGCCACUCUCGCCGGAGCUGACACUCGACUGAAUGCCCUCAGUCGCUUUUCUCACAUCCAUGCGCGGCCAGAGUCCGCCUCCCGCGGCCGGGCCUUCUGCGACAUCAUGGCCAACAAGGCGGUGGUUGUCAUUGGCACUGGCGGUGUGGGGGCCGUGGCCGCAGAGAUGCUGGCCCGGUCACACAUUGGCCGCCUCCAUCUGAUCGAUCGUGACCGCUUUGAGCCGGCCAACCUCAAUCGCCUCGGCGCCGAGAUCGGUGACCUCCACCAGAGCAAGGCCUUGGCCCUGGCCGCGCGCCUGCGCCAGUACCUCCCCGCGGCUCCGCCCGACUCCUACACCUCAGUACUGGCUGGGGUUCCGCACGAGGACAAGCCUCAGGCCUUCCGCGAGGCCGCCAUUAAUGCAUACUGUUGGGAUGUUUCGGUAGUCGAAACAGCCGCCCAUCUUUUGACCCUUCUCAAAACCGGCUCCAUUUGCGGCACCCGCCCGGUGGACCUGGUCAUCUGCUGUGUGGACAACUACCAAGCCCGGCUGUCCGUCAAUAUGAUCUGCAACAUGAUUGGGGCCACUUGGAUCGAGACCGGUGCCAGUGAGGACGCUGUUGGCGGACACAUCCAACUCAUCCGCCCAGGACGCACCCCCUGCUUUGCGUGCGCGGCCUCGGUGCCCACCACCCCGGCCCUGGUUGCUGGGAUGGCCGUGCAGCUGGCGUACAAGCUGUUUCUGCAGUUCGGCCAGAUAUCCACCUAUGUUAGCUACAACGGCCUUCAAGACUCCAUGCGGGCACACCAGUUCCGCCCCAAUCCCGAGUGCAUGGAUCACCAUUGCCAAGCCCGCCAGGCCGACGCCACGGCCACCGGUGACGAUGUCUUCCGGGCCCAUUGA